AUGGCGCCAAUCAAACAAAUCGAAUAUUUUCGGGUUCCCCCAAGAUGGCUAUUCGUGAAGAUCACAGACGUCAACGACAACUUUGGAUGGGGCGAAGCAUCACUUGAAGGGCAUUCGGAGGCAGUGGAAGGAUGUCUCAACGCCUUCAUUGAACGAUUCACAGGAAUGGAGGCAGACGAUAUCGAGCACAUAUGGCAGAAUGGCUAUCGAAUGGGAUUCUAUCGAGGGGGGCCGAUUCUGAUGAGUGCUUUGUCGGGAAUAGAUAUCGCCCUCUGGGAUUUGAAAGGCCGACGACUUGGUCUGCCGAUAUAUGAGUUUCUGGGAGGAAAAGUGAGGAACAAGCUCAAGGUGUACGCGUGGAUUGGCGGCGACCGACCCGGUGAUGUUGAAGCCCAAGCACGAGCACGCAUCUCGCAAGGUUUCAAAGCUGUAAAAAUGAAUGCGACCGAGGAUCUCGGCUGGUUAGACUCUCCGCGAGCCUUGGAUGCCUCCGUCGAGCGAUUGAAAACCGUGAAGGCCUUGGGAAUUGACGCCGGAGUCGACUUUCACGGAAGGGUGCACAAGGCCAUGGCACAACAGCUCGCUCAUAAAUUAACACCACACGAGCCGUUGUUCAUCGAAGAACCACUCCUUUCCGAGCACCCAGAGUCUGUAGCCGCUCUGUCAAAGCUGGUUCCCAUCCCCAUCGCUCUUGGGGAGCGAUUGCAUAGUCGUUGGGACAUCAAGCCGUUCCUCGAAUCCGCAUCAGUCAGCAUCCUACAGCCAGAUAUCAGCCAUGUCGGAGGCAUCUCUGAGCUUCGGAGGAUGGCGACCAUGGCAGAAGCGUACGACGUGGCGCUGGCUCCUCAUUGUCCGCUCGGUCCUAUUGCUCUUGCAGCUAAUCUUCACGUGGACGCUGUCAGCGCCAACUUCGCGAUCCAGGAGAUGAGCUUGGGCAUUCAUUAUAACGCAGGCUCGGCAGAUAUCGAAACGUAUAUCAAGAACCCGGAGGUGUGGAAUGUGCAGGACGGUUUGAUUGACUUGAUGAAUGGGCCUGGACUAGGAAUUGAAAUUGACGAAGAAAAGGUGCGGGCAGCUUCUGUGAACGCAAAGGCAUGGCGGAGCCCAGCAUUCCAAGUCAUCUCGAAUGACACUCCUCCUACCAAACGCCGAUGCGUCGGCAAGGAUCGAGUUCGCGUCACGCGUGCAUGCGAUACUUGUAAAAAAAAGAAGUUGCGCUGCUCAGGUACGCUUCCUUGUUCGCUGUGCCAGCGGUCGGGGCAACAUUGUAAAUACAAUGCUGGCUACACCAGGGGCAAACUGCCACCAAUCCCGCUGCUACAUCAACCGAAGGAAAACGAAACUGCUGUUACUGAGCGACUUGAAAUGCCGUCGAGUGUGGCUCCUAGCAAAAUGCAGCCUUCACCAGCCAUAGCGAAUACGGAAAACGAGGGUCGCCUAUUGUUACCAGUGGAUGAAAAUGCAAAUGUUCCGUCGUCUCGCAACUCGCCCGAACCCCAUCAAACAGACAUGGAGGGCCAUUAUGUAGGCCCUUCCUCCGGGGUUUCAUUUCUGAUUCGUGUCCAGAAGAGGCUACAUCAGAACAUCGCUUUCUCGCCGAAUACGACUAUCUUCAGCUUUGGCGAUGCCCCAUUGCCCAAAUAUGACGCGUCCUUCCUGGUUCUUCCGACUAAAGACGAAGCCAAGGCCUUGAUGAAUCGGUAUUUCGACUUCGGGUUUCCUACACAUCGAUUCCUACAUCAGCAACAAACUGAAGGCUGGCUUGAGGAACUGUAUGAUGGCCUACAGGACCCUCAAGGCGUUGGGCCUGGGGCAAGGGAAGUGAGGGCGUUACUUCUGAUGGUAUUUUUACAAGCGAAGCAGUACUUGCCGAAGACGGAGUCAGCCCUAGGGGCUUCAGUAAAUAGCGCGGUUUAUUUUGGUGCGUCGGAACAUCACCUCGCAGCCGAGACAGGGCCUGUUCGCCUCACUAGCGUCCAAGCGCGCCUAGCGCAGUGCUUUUAUUUAUUAUCCCAGUCCCGGAUCAAUCAUUGCUGGAGCCUCUUUGGCACCACGGCUCGUCUUGCUAUUGCAAUCGGCCUGCACCGCAAACGACGCCGGGAGCAUUCCCUGGGUGGCGAUGACUUCGUGGAUCAGGAGUGCCGUAAGAGAAUCUUUUGGUGUGCGUACAGCUUGGACAAUUACCUCAGUGCUGCCUUGGGCCGUCCUCGAAUAUUUCAUGAUAAUGAAAUUGAUCAAGAACUGCCCGUAAUUGCCAAUGAUUCGCAGAUCAAAACCAACGCUAUUCUCCCGGCUACCUCCAGUGCUCAAAGCAUUAUGCUUGCUCCUGUAUACCAUGCGAAGCUGUCCAAAAUUAUUAGUGGCAUACUCCGUGAUCUGUACGGUAUCCAAAGGACAACCCUGCAGUCGCAAAUGUCCGCAGCCGCAAAAUACGGGGCCGAGCUCUCCCAAUGGCGAAAGAAACUGUCGGCGUUUCUUGAUUUACCAAGUAUCGAUAUGUUGAUCACUCUAUACCAACGUCAGUAUAAUGUAUUAAAUCUCGCCUUUUCACAUGCACAAAUACUACUCUAUCGACCCUUCGUUCUUAAGAACUUUGCCGUACUGGCAAGUGGAACGAGCAAGAGAAACGACAAGCUGCACGGAAGCAUCAAUGAAAAUGUCCAGAGCUGUUUAAACGCUGCCAUGAAAAUUGUCGGCAUCGUUCGCGAUCUUUGUGAGCAUGGAAAAAUGUACCAUGCUUUUUGGUUUACCCAUUACUAUGCAUUUUCAGCAAUUGUUGUGCUAUACGUUCAUGUUAUUCAGAACUACUCUCAAGAAGCCAACACCCAAGGAAAUUCUCUGUAUUUCCAAGCAGGCGAACAGGCACAAAAGGAUCUAGCAACGUGCGGGUCGACAUCUUCUUUUGCGCAGCGCUAUGUCAUGGUCCUUGAGGAGCUCCGAAAGGAGGCACAAGAGUCAAUCAAACGAAAACAACAUAAAAGCACAGAGCUUUCCUCAGCAGAUCAGCCUCGCCUUGUUAUCACCGAUAUAUCCAUCGCUGAGACGCAAAAGCAAGGUGAUCUUGGGGAUCAAGCGGGUUAUCACCAUUCCGGUGGCCACAGCGCAGAGAACGGCAUUCCUCAGGCCUCUGAAGGGAUGAUUGACCCCCAUUCGCAGUCUUUGGAGUCAUCCGAGAUGCCAUUAGACUCCCAAGGCUGGAUGGGAGACCUUAUGGAGGACACCAGUCCCGCUUCAUACAUUGCUGAUCUAACCAGCUGGGGUGAAUUCGAUUCUUUGGCCCUUACGGGGCUGGGAGAGCUGGGAUUUUUAUUUCCGUCAGAAGGUUCUGCGGAUUUU